AACAGGUUGAGUUAGUAACCAUCAACCAUGAGGAACAUGUGGAUGCCCUCUCAGCUGCUACUGCUAUUGCUGGUGUUCCGGGCAGUGAUGGUCGCCCAGGUAGCAGAAAUGAUGGAGACGUUAACAGUGCGACGUGUUGGCUACAUAGCAGGUGAGGGAGUAUAUUCCUGCAUUGUACGACAAGAAGGUCUACCACCUGACCCAACUCUCACCUACACAGCAACAUUUAUAACUCAUGACAAUAUUGUUGAAAAAAGCUGUUCAGGUGUGCUACAUCCUGAACCUGACGAGACAGGUGAAGGAACCAUACACUGCUUCUCCCCGUGUUCCAUCCUCGAGGAUUACCACUUCUCAGACUGGGAGAUAAUCAUCGUCACAGGUCGCGAUUCUGAUGGUGUGACUGUUCACUAUGGUGAAAGUACCAUCAGUUUUAAGAGUGUGGAAGUGACGUCAACACAGAGAGGUGGUACAGUGGUGGAGAUCGCAUGGCAGCCACAACUUGACAGAAUCUACCAGGUACAGCUGUGGGUGAACUCCCAUUUGGGAGACAAUACUGUGCCUCCUGAAGCCGUCUUUCACCGUGAAAUCAUACGUAGAGACGAGAUGUCUCCCUUACACAGACGAAUGAUGAAUUUCCUGGGUGAGGGGAAACACACGCACUAUUGGUAUCGUUCUGGUGGAUUGGUAGUGCCAGGAGCUCCCACUAUACAUGAGAUCUCUGGCGUGGUGAGCUGUCCAGACGGACGUUGUCGUUACUACUUCCUGGACAUGCCAGAAUCAGGAGACUACCUGGGCGAGGUGCUCGACGUCACAGAGGGCGUUGUCUACUCGUGCAGGGGCAGCACACACCAGCUGGAUCUAUACCGGGACAGUUUGAAUAUUGCAGAAGUAGUCAUUGAAAGCGUGGGUCUUGAUCCUGAUCCAGCAGCGAGGCCCAAGAGGAUGACUGUGAUAACUGACAGCGAUAUAAGUGAUACAGGAGAGUUCACAGCCUUGGUGAUCAAUGGUUACGAUCACAGCCAAGCCGUGGAGACCCUCCCAGGACAGUGUCUUCCUCUCAGUAACGGGUGUGUUAUUCAAGACCUGGAGACCUUGAACGACCCAGUUAAUGGAGGGCCAGUGGACGACCUGCGGCUCCUAAUGGUUAACAACGACCAGGCUGUCUCCUCCAGUGUUACUGUUUUUGACUUGCUGGUACGUGUGAGGUGGGCAGAUAAGGGCAGUGUUACAGUGGCGUGGGAGAGGUCAUCAUGGGCCUCACAGUACACCGUCAGAGUCCUGCCACAAGAGGGUCAUGAACCACCAUCAGUCACCGUAAACUGUGCCCGUAGAGGUACAGCUUGUGAGGCGACAUUCACUGACUUACUGAACGGUACCUACGUGGCUGAGGUGACCUACGUAGCUGAAGUACCUACCACACUUACCACUGAGUUCAAGGUAGAGGAUGGUGGGAGUGUCAGUGAAUGUCAUCUACCUUUCCAAGAGAUCGCAGGAUCGUGUCUCAUGAUAGAGACAGUGGUAUUAGGCACCUGGGACGAGAUGAAUAACUUUUGUCAUGAGUUGGGAGGUCAGCUGGUCAAGGUCGACAGUGAUGUCUCCAUGUACGACCUUGUCAAGUACAUCUUUGACAAUGGUCUACACUACCACUCCUACUGGAUAGGAGCCUCAGACAGAGAUGAGGAGGACAACUACCGCUGGCUGGAUGGUAAGUGAGGUUAAGAGAGGUACACCCUACUGGGGCUACACUGAUGAUGUACAGGAACCUUCUGGAGGAACUGACAGAAACUGUGUUAUCCUCAACAGAUUCGCUUUCUUUUACUUCUAUGACACCUUCUGCACCAA